CUAUGCGAUGCCUAGUCCGCUUCUGUGAAGUAAAAGCCUUGAAAUGCCACGCACUGAUUAUACAGGCCACACAUCGCAUAAUCACCGUGGAAGACUCAUCAGUCCCACACUGCCACAGAGCAUACCGCACGAACACAUGCCAAAGCUUAUCUACGAGUAUAAGUCCUGUUCCGCUGCCAAGCGAAGGGUGAAAAAUGAAGAUGGUUGAAUUCCGUAGUUUUACAUGCUGAUCCGUCAUCAUCUUAAUAUGUUAUUGAUAAUUGAACAGACAUCGUCUCACGGUUUGGCAGUCGGUCAGUUCAAUAAAUCGGAGAUCGGGGCUCCAGAGAUCGAAAUACAAGAGAUUCUGGAAUCUUUCAAAAAAUGAACGAAUCUACUCUUUCGGAUUCAGGAGAGAUGAAUUUACAGACAAUAACAUACAUAUAGAACAAAAAGUUCGAUCAAUUUUUAUUUUUUGUAUUUUCUGAAAUGAUUAUACGGUAACUCCCCAUUCUGGCUUUCAUAUGGGCAAGUCCACGUGAGACGUACAUGGCCAAUAAAAAAAAAUUUCUCCAAACUUUGAGAGAAUAUUUUCUCAGUACCUCCAAGUUUUGUGUCAAAUUUUGAAUUUUUUUUAAGAAUUGAAAAAAUGAGGUGCUGCCUUUUUUGUUAAUUUCGACUCUGAAAAAUUAAUUCCUCGUUCAAAAAUCUGGAGGUUUCUCAAUUUUCAGAGUAGUAAUAUAAAAACUUUCUGAAUUAUAGAUAUUUUACUGAGAUAUCCCCAGUUUUUUCUCAUCCAAUUAAACGCGAAAAUAGGCAUUCUACAAGAAUUUCAUUCAUCACUUUAUUUAUGCUAUAAAUAAUCUAAUCUCCACUUCACCUAGUAAUAGAGAAAUAAUGUGCAUACCUAGCAUGGGUUUACUUAAUUUUUUGUAAAACAAUUGAUUUAAAUGUAAUUUUAGAAAAGAAUUCCAAUUCUUAUACAUAGUAUAUCUUUUUCGCAUUUGAAUGGAAAAUUAAAGGCCACGAAAGAUCAAGAUCAUGAUUUUUUCAAGAGGGACGACAAAUUUGCUGACAAUGAGAAAAAUUUUUGAUUUUGCUUCGUUUUCGCGAAAUUUGGAAUUGGAAAAACGCGAUUUUAGCGAAAAUCACGUUUGUGGCUAACUCCCAAGUGCCGUACAUCAAAACCAUUCAUUUCAAAAUAUCUAAAAUCUUACACGAAUUCUCGGAGGUAAUUAGCAAGCAAAUUUAGCGAAAAAAAUUUUUGUGGCCAUGUUCGUUUCAGGUGGACGUAUCCGUAUACACAUAGAUGUGUAUGAAGCUGGUGGUUUCACGAUCUCGUCUUUAUCCUCGUCCUGGAUUCAAGGGUCAAUGCCUAUGCAAAGAUCUGAAAUAAAAUGCGAGAGCAGUCUGAUUGUCAACCUAUGUGCUUUAGAAUAGUGUUUGGAAUUGUCAAUGUAUAACGUUAUACAACACGUUCGUAAAACGAACAAUAUCGGUCGUAGGGCGCUACACUGGGUAGUUGGGACGGUGGGGAUAAUAGGAUUUUAGAUUAGUUCCGAUUAACAUUCAAUAAUUCAUCGAAACCGAUAACCUUUGGAUUCUAUCUCAUGGUACGGCAUGCCCGAAGACGAACCUUUUGGCCGCUCAUUGUUUACGAGAUGACAAAAAAUGGGAAGCGUGAAAGAGAAUUGGAAGCGCAUCAAUUUUUUAGAAGCUAGUUGAAGUUAUAUUAGUCUGAGAAGAUCGAAAUUCUGGGUAGUGUGUUAUUCGAAAAUGCCUAAGACGCUGUUUCUUCUAGUCAUUAUAACUGCUGGGGUUCGCUCCAAUGACUUUCCAUCGUUGAUAACAGCCAACGCGAGUAUGGCUAUUGUCGUAGAUGAUCACAUGUUUAUGGAAAGUGCGAGCUACAAGAAGGCGUUGACGGAAAUAUUUCAAGUAGUUUCGCAAACCGUUCAAGAUAAUAUGCGACUGGGCAGAAUUGAGGCACAUCUUUUCACCGACUCGAGCCUCAAUUUGCGCCGGGAUUACACCAUUUUACUCUCGGUCGCACGGUGUUCCGAAACGUGGAAAUUGUUUCGCAAGGCUCAGAAAGAAGACCUUAUACACGUUGCGGUGACGGAUGCGGAUUGUCCGCGACUUCCGGGCCACGAAGGUAUCAGCGUCCCUCUUCUGAACCCUGGCGAGGAAUUGUCCCAGGUGCUAUUAGAUCUCAGAACAAAAUCGGCUCUUGCGUGGAGUAAGAUAAACAUCCUGCACGACGACACUUUUGGUAGGGACACUAUAAGCAGAGUCCUGAUCGCGUUGUCAACAGAGUUGCCGGACUCUGGGCUGACCCCUGCGACAAGAUCUGUUUACGCGAUAAAAAAAACAAAAUCAGACCGCGCCAGGAGACAGGAAAUAUUGAGAAUACUCUCUGAUUUUCCCAUUGAAAGACUAGGCGGCUGUUUCCUCGUGAUUGUCACCAUCGAGAUGGUUGGCGUGGUCAUGGAAGUGGCGAAAUCGUUGAAGAUGGUUCAUCCUGGAACACAGUGGUUAUACCUCGCGAGUGACACGACCUCGCAGGAUCAAAACGUCACCGCUUUGAGAGACAUUCUCGAUGAGGGCGCGAAUAUUGCUAUCCUUCAUAAUACUACAAGCACCGGGGGCGCGUGUAACACUGGACUCACUUGUUACAUUCGAGAACUGACAAGAGCUUUAGCGGUUUCUCUGGAAGGUUCGUUGAUCAAGGAGAUCGAGCUCUGGAAGCAUGUUACAGAGGAGGAAUUCGAGUCAAUACGAUUUACGAAAAGAGAACGGCGCAGAGAGGUUCUCGACAAUAUGAAGAGAGAACUUUUUGAGAGCAGAAUCGGAUCCGAAGAGAGUUGCGACAGAUGUUUAUCGUGGACUAUGACAUCGGCGAUAACCUGGGGGGAGUCUUUUUCAACGGAUGAAAAAAAUGCCGAAGAUAAUUCCGCGGGAACGGGGUAUUUUCUGGGCACCGGAUCUUGGACUCCUCGUCCCGGCGCGGUAUUAACAGACGCGAUAUUCCCUCACGUGGAACACGGAUUCAGGGGAAGGACGCUCCCUGUGGUUUCCUACCACAAUCCCCCUUGGCAAAUAAUCGAUAAGAACAGGUCCGGUCUAGCGAUGUUCGAUGGACUUAUUUUUGACGUACUAAAGCAGCUCGGUCUUCGCUUGAACUUCACCUACUCCGUCCAUAUCGCAUCAUUUGAAAGCGAGACGAAUGAUUUUGAAUCUGCAAGGGUGAGGAAGGCUGAGCCGAUGUCGACGACCAAUAGAAUUCCUGCAUCCGUGAUAGAUCUCGUCCGACUGAAGAAGGUCCUGCUGGCAGCAUGCGCCGCUACGAUCAGUGAAUCGAGAAAAACCGUGUUAAACUUCACGCGACCGGUGUCCAUCCAGACGUACAGUCUUCUCACGUCGAGACCGAGGCACCUCUCCAGGGCUCUUCUCUUCAUGUCACCCUAUACCAAGGAGAGUUGGGGUUGCUUGGCCGGUGCUGUCUUGAUAAUGGGACCGAUGCUGUACCUGGUCCAUAAGUGGAGUCCGUUUUACACAAACCUAACGCGGUCUCCGGGACUACGAACUCCCUGGGACUGCAUGUGGUACGUGUACGGGGCGCUCCUCCAACAAGGUGGAAUGCAUCUUCCUCGUGCCGACAGCGGCCGUUUGAUCGUCGGAACUUGGUGGCUGGUGGCAAUUGUGAUUGUGGCUACCUACAGCGGUAACCUGGUCGCGUUUUUAACAUUCCCGAGGAUAGACGUCUCCGUGACGUCGAUCGAAGACCUCUUGGCAAGGGAGAACGAGCUGAGCUGGACCUUGCCUACCGGAAGCUACCUUGUCGAGUUUCUCGAGUCUACGGACGAGCCGAAAUUUCGCAGGUUUCUCGCCGGUGCUGAGAGGUACAACGUGACGAACGAAACGGACUCCGUAAGGCGCGUUAGGGAAGGGAAACACGUAUUGAUCGAUUGGAGAACUUCUCUGAGAUUCCUCAUGAGACGGGAACUUCUCGCUAGUGGAAGAUGCGACUUUUCACUAAGCGCCGAGGAGUUUGUGCAAGAACCGAUCGCCAUGAUCGUUGCUCCCGGUAGUCCAUACCUCUCCAUCAUAAAUAUGGAGCUCAAGUGGAUGCACCAAGUUGGACUGAUUCACAAGUGGACCUCGGAGAGGAUGCCCAUAAGAGACAAAUGUUGGGAAGGGCCUGGUAUGAACCAGGAAACCAAUAACCACAAGGUCAAUAUCGAGGACAUGCAGGGCAGCUUCUUCGUUCUCUUCAUUGGAUUUAUUUUUGCGCUGAUGAUUCUAAGCUGCGAGUUUCUCUGGGUGAAGCGGAAGGUUGUACUGGAGCGAAAGUUGGUUCGCCCUUUCGUGACCUGAACUUUUCAACGAACCGGAAGUAGAGAACGCGCCAUAGAAGUUCAUCGAAAUACAAAAUAGUCGAUGUCCAGUAAAAUAAUUUAUGUAGUACAUAAGGUUUUUUUUUUUUUAUCUCGAAUUCAAAGUCCUUCUGAUCGCUAGCAGAUAAAUUUUUCGGAGGUAACCCCCGAUGAUUUGAUCAAUAAACAAUUGUAGCAACUGCCCAAACAGGAGUGUGUACGAGGUGGUAAUAGUCAACGACAUCUAACAAAC